GCGAAGGGAGCGGUAGCGUCUGCGGAGCUGUCCGAGCGCUGGAUGAAAUCGCACUACGAGUCGCAGCCUGUUGAAGGGCUUGGAAUGGACGACAACAUAUCCGGAAAGCGCGUGCUAACAAGGACUCUAAGAGAUAGGAAAGAAAGAAAGCACUACACAGAUGAUUGGGCUCUGGGCGAUGAGGAAAUUGAGGGCCGCCGAUCAUUUCGUCUGGAGGACAAGAUGGAAACAGACAGGUUUCCCCAAUGCUUUGUGAAAGAAAUGCAGGGAGCAGAUUUCAACUUAGCUUAUCUGCAAAGGCAUGGUUUCAACACUCCAUUACUAUUCAGAGAUAAGGCUGGAUUGGGUUUAAGGGUACCAAGUCCAAAUUUCUCCGUAAAUGAUGUUCGUAUGUGUGUUGGAUCGAGGCGCAUAUUAGAUGUAAUGGACGUUAACACACAGAAGAAUGUAGAGAUGACAAUGAAGGAAUGGCAGCGCUAUUAUGAUGAUCCCAAAAAAGAAAAACUUCUGAAUGUAAUUUCAUUAGAAUUCAGCCACACCAAACUAGAAAAUUAUAUUCAGACUCCUACUGUUGUACGUCAAAUUGACUGGGUUGAUUGCGUUUGGCCCCGUCAUCUUAAAGAGGCUCAAACAGAAUCAACUAAUGUGCUUGAUGAGAUGAUGUAUCCCAAGGUGCAGAAGUAUUGCCUCAUGUCUGUGAAAGGGUGCUACACAGACUUCCAUGUUGACUUCGGUGGAACUUCUGUUUGGUACCAUAUACUCAAAGGGAGUAAGAUAUUUUGGCUGAUACCUCCUACAGAACGCAACCUGCAACUGUAUGAGCAGUGGGUGCUGUCUGGAAAACAGGGAGACGUCUUCUUUGGUGAUACUGUGGACAAGUGUGGUCGUGUCACCCUUACUGCAGGAAAUACUUUCUUCAUUCCCACUGGCUGGAUACAUGCUGUUUACACACCUGUGGAUUCCCUUGUUUUUGGCGGAAAUUUUCUUCACUCGUUUGGUAUUGAAAAACAACUAAAAACUGCUCAAGUUGAGGACACAACACAUGUGCCCCAAAAAUUCAGGUACCCAUUCUUCACAGAAAUGUUGUGGUAUGUACUGGAGCGUUAUGUACAUUGUUUAUUAGGAAGAUCACAUUUGGAUGAAGGAGCUGGCGUACAGAAUGAUACAAAGUUUGAUCCUGACAAACACAUUCAUCUAACCCCUCAGGAGCUCCAUGGUCUGAAGGCAAUUGUAAUGUUCCUGCAUUCGUUACCUACGAAUAAAAAGAAUGUGCCUGAACUGAUAAGGGAUCCUAUUGCAUUAAUUAAAGAUGUGAGGACGCUUGUUGAAAGGCAUAGGAAUGACAAUCCUGAAGCUGCUGUUACUGGAAAGUGCAUUCUACAGAGGCCUGAUGAUAGCUUUAAGGAUCGAAUACCUGGGAGAAUACCACUGGCACGGAACUCUGGUAACCGUGCAUCUUUGGGCGGCCCAGGUCCAAAACACAAGCUGGGUCGUGCAUCGUGGGGUGGAAAAGGAGCUGCGGGACAGAAUAGUGGACCCCGACGAAGGCGAACAAGGUGUAAACGUUGUGAGGCGUGCCAGCGGUCUGAUUGCGGAGAAUGUACAUUUUGUUUGGAUAUGGUUAAAUUUGGUGGACCUGGCAGAGCCAAGCAGACCUGCAUCAUGAGGCAAUGUCUACAGCCUAUGUUGCCCGUUACGGCUGCAUGUGUCAUGUGUGCACUGGAUGGAUGGGGCCAAGCACCUGUUCUUCCUAUUCCGAAGACAAAUCGUGAAGCACCCAGUUCACUCAUGGAAUGCUGCAUCUGCUACGAGAUCAUUCACCCCGACUGUAUAGCAAAGACAAUACCAGAUACAGAAGGUAUUGUUAAUGAAGAUCUUCCAAACAGCUGGGAAUGUCCGAAAUGCUGUAAGGAAGGGAAGAAUGUUGAAUAUAGGCCACGUCACUUCCGGGCUCGGGCGAAGUCAUCGGACAUUCGUCGCAUGUCAGUCAGCAGUGAUAAUAGCUCUAUGUUAGACUCAAAAGACAAUCAUAUGCUCCAAGAUGUGAAAGGGGAUAUGGAUGGUGAAAUGGAUGGAGAAGGAGAGGAUGAUGAUGAAGAACAACCAAUGGAGAAGAAGCCACGUUUGGAGCCAAUGCUAGAUUCUGUAGUUGUAGUAAAAAAUGAGCCAUUGGAUGAUCCAGAUAACAGUCCUCCACCUCAACCAACGGCACCUGUGAUACCUGUGAAGGAAGAGUCAUUAAAUGGUGACGGGCACCAACAAGAGAAAAAUGAUAAAAGGGAAGGAGGACCUGAGACAGGAGGGAAACCUCAACAGUCUCCCUCAGAAGGUGAACCGCAAGAUGCAGGAGGCGGCGGCGGUGGUGAUGGUGGAGGAGGAGGAGGAGGAGGAGGAGGAGGAGGAGGACGGGGUUCAACAUCAGAUGGAGCGGAUCAGCCACCCCCUUCGCGAUCCGUCCCACCUCCAUCCCCUCUUUCGGCCUCCUCUGAACCGCGAAAGCUCGCCCUUCGCACACAGCUUGCCCAUCAACUGUCGGCCAACUCCACAAAGCAGUUACGCAAACCUACCCACGUAGUUCGACCAACGCCGCCACCACCCCACGUUGCACCUAUUACGAACCCUAUAUUAGAUCCAGCUGCACUUGUACAAGUUUUCAGGUUUCUGUCUGUGGAGGAUCUCGGUCGGUGUGCCUCGGUAUGUCGAGCGUGGUCCAGAGCAUCCAUCGACCCUCUGCUGUGGAGGCGUACCGACUUAUCGAGGCGGCAUCUCUCGGGUGUACUUCUGGCGGGCAUCGUACGCCGGCAACCUGAGGCAUUGCACCUCGACUGGACCACACCGCCACCAGCAAAACGGCAUCUUGCGUGGCUCAUCGCGAGGCUCCCUCAGCUACGAGAACUGUCACUGCAAGGGUGUUCCUGGGCCGGUGCCUCGGCUCUCCGCUCGUGCACUUGUCCUCCCCUCUCUGUGCUUGAUCUCAGCUUUGUUUUGGGACUCAAUGACGCGUCCUUGCGAGAACUGCUGAGCCCACCACCAGAUUCACGACCAGGUCUAGUAGGGUCUCGUUCACGACUGAAAGGCCUGCGUACGCUCCGCUUGGCGGGAUGUGACAUCUCAGAUGUGGCUCUGCGCUACAUAACACAGCACUUACCAAAACUUGUGGAGUUAGAUAUAUCGCAGUGCGUUCGUGUGACGGAUGCAGGAGUGGCGCAGUUGGCUGCGCCCCCUGCGGCCACAACUUCCACGUUAGCAUCUUUGGAUCUCUCAUCCUGUCGGCUGCUGACUGAUUCCAGUCUCGACCAUUUGGCACGUUGCGAUGCUCUGGUUCGACUAGACCUCCGCCACACACCAAACGUCACUGCUGCCGCUCUCGCGAAGUUCGCCGUACGGUCACCACAUGGCCUACAUGUUACUGAUACCAAACUGAUAGUUAAAAAGCGCACCCAGUCACCUGAAAACACGUCCACCACCUGAUGUGCUGAAUAUGAUGUAGUGUGGAAACGUAAUGUACUUUGCACCAGAUGCCACUAGGCGACACAAUUUCUUAUUGUGAUAUUUGUUAGUACAUGUAGUGUGCAUUCAGUUUGCCAGCACUAAGAAAGAUCGUGACAACAUGGCGGCUAGUGUUUCGGUAGCUGUUAUUGCAAUGAAGAUUGCACCAGAGUGGUCAAUUACUGUCAAUCUGAAAAGGACAGUGUAUGAAGAAAAUGAUGUGUAAUAUUGUUUGUGAGAUUUGGGUGCUUGCAGUCAACAUCUUUAGCAUGUACUCUUCUUCUAGUCCUGCAGACCAUUGUGUAGCAUGCAAGUGCAUCAAACAGUAAUAUGAAUUAUCACAAAAUAGCUUGACUGAUAUUAUUUGUGAGAGCAGGUCAUAAACAGUUCCUGAAAAUUGACCAACUUUUAAGGUGGUCAGCAGAUUACAUCAGUGCUGAUGUACACUGUUUUCUUCGCUGUGAUUCGUGCUUGUAUAUGAAUAACAAUAAUGGAAAAUCCUGGCUGGAGAAAUAUGUAAAAUAAAAGAAAGGCAAUCGCUUACCUAUAGAGGACUUGCAUGUGGUUGCCUUGCCCUUAACUGACAUAUUUUUGCACAUGAAUGAGAGGUACAGCAGGUAUGAUACAUCAAAGGAUGAUCAAAUUCUAAAAGAUGGCAGGUUCAGAAGUUUGAUUUUGUAGCUUUUUGUACUACAGAUUACUGCCUUCCUGUUUUAUUUUUACUGCAUUUUACAGCCAUUGUUUCAUGUAAAAAUCUAGAAGGGUGUCAAUUUUUCCCAUGUGUUAAAACUGUGGUUUGGAAACUCUUUAUUUCUAAUACUUGCCUUGGUUACUGUUGCUACAAUAUUUAAUUCAUCACAAGGAAACUUUUUGAAUUUUGAAUCGCCAUUUCCUGCUUCUUUCAACUUCAUAAGUCUUUUCACACCAAGUAAAUCAAGUAAAUGAAGACCAGGUUUAACAAUAUGUAAACUGUGAAAUUAUUAUAUUUUGAAGAUUAACUGGAAGAAAGAAUAAUGACUUGUAUUGGCAUCAGAAAUUGUAGUACAUGUAAUAGUGACCUGUGAUGAUGCUGAUUUCUCUUAUGGAUCCUUGUUAGCUUUGUUUAGUUAGUGAAAUUGUGUUUUUGCUUGGGGUCUUCACUAGCUACAUUCCUGACAUACAUAAAAGCUGAUGAGCUAUGUUAUGUUAGGAAGAACCUGAAGUUCCUCUCCAUCCUGUACUUGAUAUGAGAGCUGCAUGCCCAUUUUUGUGCAAUACUUAAGCAUGUGAUAAAUUUGUGAUGAUCAUCACAAAAUGUUGGAUCUUGAAUGAAGAGAAACACACUAUACAUUAAAUAAUUUCCAUAUAAUCCAGUCUCAUCGGAAGAGCUAAUAUUCUUAUAUAAUUUCUUAGAAUUUACUUUCCAUCCUGUCUCUCUCUCUCUCUCUCUCUCUCUCUCUCUCUCUCCCUCCCUCCCUCCCUCCCUCCCUCCCUCCCUCCCUCUCUCCCUCCCUCCUUUUUCCUCCUUCUUUCAUUCUUUCUGACAACCAUAUUCACUUGCGAGAUUUUUUAUGCCUUAAGUGGCCUCCUGUUUGUAUAUUUCUAUAUUAAAUGAUAUCUAUAAAAUGUUGGAAUUAUAAAAAGAGAAUAUGUUUCAUCAGAUCUCUGUAUAGUUUAUUUUAUUCAUCGUGUGAAUUUCUUCUUUUAAUUCUGUAUGGUUUUGAUCCCUGGCACAUAGUACCCCGUGAAAAGAGGAUACCAUUUAUUUCGUCUUGUGUAUGAGUGGCCGUUUAAGUACUUUGUAAAGAACAGUAAGCUUUUUAUAGUAUUCAGAUAUUUUAUUUAUGUUGUAAUGCUGACAAUAAUUAGACCCUACACGGUAUGCCUUUCAUUCAAUAUGAUUGUAGGUCUAAAAUAAAAUACGAGUUUUGUUCUUUACUUGUUACUAACUAUUUCAUAAAGAGGUACCUUACAGGCUCAUGAGAAGUAUUUAAGUACUUCCAUCAGCUAAUGCCAGUGUUAUCAGCUGAACAUGGGUGAUUUCAAAUACUUAUGUCGGAGACAAUUGUAUUGCUAAUUUAUUGCAGGGAUAAAAUGCACUAAUGAUGAAGGAGUUGAUAAUUUCUGCAGCAUUUAUAGAUUUUUGAGCAGGGAAACACGACACCAGUUUUCGUACAGAGUUUUGAAGAUAAUACUUUUGAUAACAUUUCUGGAAGGUAAUUUAUAGUUCUCAUCAAAAUCGUCAUUUAGGGUGUCUUGUACAAUAGUACGAAGAAACAAUCAAAAUAAUAAUUAUAAUAUUCGAGAGUGUAGUAAUUUUAUACCAGUUGUACUUUAUCAAAAAAUUGGUGCAAUAAUGCCAAUAUAAUUUAUUUAUGUAUCCUCUUAAACUACAAUGUAAAACCAGAAGAGAAGAAAUAAACUCGCUGUGUGUGUGUGUGUGUGUGUGUGUGUGUGUGUGUGUG